AUGAGGCAUAUCCCGGCAUUCGUAUGGCUGGCUUGCGCUUGCGGCCUGGAGCAGCGCUUCUCAGCAGCAGCAGCAGCAGCAGGAGACUCAUCAGGCAGCACGAACACCCAAGAAGGGCUGGCCUUGGCGCAGAGAGUGUCAGCGACUCCGACGACCGAACGGGGGCCUUCAGGCCUCAGCUUGAAAGGAGAUGCGGGAGUAUCCGCAUCGAGAACACCUGGUGUUAUUACGCGUCGAAACACGGGCGCUGCAGAGGGUGAAGGUGAAGAAUCUCAUGUUGGGGAGGGGACGGGGGAGGGUAGGGGAGAGGGGGACAACAACGCGCCUGAGCUACAUGGGUCUUGGGAGGAAACGCAACAAGAUCCGGUACUUCCUGAGGAGGAGGAGGUGGAGGAGGAGGAGGAGGAGGAGGAGGGUAACGAUCCUAUUGCAGAGAUAGAGGGGAUGGACGAGCACUGGACGCAGCACGCUUCUGUGGCGCAGCCACCUGGUGCAGUGUUGGAAAACGCCCGCUCAGUGUACUCGGAGAUCUCCAGCGAUAUUCUGACGAGGUGGGGUUACAAGUACGCCAACACGCCGCUGUUCUCCGGAGGGAUGAAGUUCUCGGACGGGGGCAAGGUCGUAGAGAACAAGAUGCUGAACGCCGUUGUUGAGCAAGAGGGCUUCCUCGCGGCCUUCACAGGGGUCUCCACAACAGCCGGGCACGACUGCCUAUUCGAGCAGAGCUACCCCGUUCUGCUCAACGAGACGUUCGGCAGGCUUAUGGCCGCGACGGGUGUGAAGUUCGAGGCGAUCAACGUGGCCAUGGGGAACACGCGCGUGGCACCCUAUAGCUACUGCGUAGAAGCACACGCGGGUCUUGAAGCGGACCUCAUAUCGUGGGAUAUGACAUUGAUGGUCGCUAGCAACGAGUGCGGGAAGGCCGCCGCGGGCAUCGAACUGUUCGUCAGGAGCGCCACCGUCCUUCCCAAACGUCCGGUCGUGCUCCUGAUGGAUGCAACGCCCAACCAGGACGUAUGCACUAACGGACAUUUGCGCCAGAUCAAAAAGCUAGACGACGGCUGGCACGCGGGACCUACCGGGCACCUACUUGUCGCCGACAUGCUCUUUAUGGCGUACGCCGAGGUGUUCCUGCGUGCGCUCGAGCGGCUGAACGGGGUCAAGCCAGGCAUCACGGCCGCCGGCCUACGACAGCUAAACGCUCUCUCUGCUAAUGGCAGACUGAACCUCUGGGAGUCCCUCGGUUUGGAUGGUGGGGGUGCGACCGAUGCCCGUCCUGAUCUUCAUGGAGAAGCGACCGCCGCAGACAGCCAAAGCGGCAGCAACAACUAUCCUGCUUUCAUGGGCGGAGGGCGGGGGGACAUCCUCCCCCCUCCGUCGUGGUGCAAAGGCUAUAGGUUCUGCCAGGGGGCCGGCAGCUACAGAUCGGAGUACUUCGUGGAGCCCUCCCAAGGGCACUGGGCGGUAACGCUCAACGAGGAAGCGCAGAGCAUCAAGGACUACCUGAAGGUUUCGCCUCCGAGGGGUUUUCACCACCCGAUCGAUUACAAGUGGGUUCUCGUCGGUGAUGCGGCGGCGGGACCCAUCGAGUUCGAGUUCGAGACUCUCGGGAUCCCUCCGGCGGGGAGACAUAGGCGACGGCGAGCAAAGGUGGAAGAAGGAGAAGAAGAGGAUGCUCACACGUUUAGUAGUAGUGCCGGGCGGGAAGAACCCGCGCCGGAGAGUGCCGGCGCAAACGAAGAGUUCAGCAAUAGCGCCGGCAUUGACGCUGAAAAGACGAGGCCGACGGAGGACGCCACGGACUUCGACUCGCGGGUGACAGUCUGCAAGCCGGACUUCAUCGACCGCGUCCAGUUCAACGAAACCUCGGGGGUCAGGUUCAGCGUCGAUGGAAUCCAAGUGGAAACUACUGUGGAGCUGGUCCAAGUCGGCCUUCACGUGCAAUCCUGCGCUCUUCUAGAUGUGGCAGUGGGGGUAGGCCGUCACACUGUGAAGGUGGAGCCGCUCAAGGUAGGGGAACCCUAUGUGGCGAUCUCCCAUGUUUUGUAUCCGGCGUGACCUGAAGCCGGAGGGCAGCUUCACCCUACAGUAGGUUGACCCCAAGGACGCCUCACCAGAGAACAAGCAUGUAUAAUGAACUAUUUGCUGUCCGAUAGGAGGGCGUGGGUGGGGGGUGAGUGGUGAGACAGACUGCCCGCCCGAUCGAUCAUCUCGACGGAUUUUGCGAAGAGUUUCGAUUCACCGUCAAUUGUCGACGGAUUUUUUUGUUCACCAUCAGGGGACCAUGUGGGUCGCAUGCGCAAUGCGGGAUCUCUGGUGCCAUUCCCCCCCCCACCAUGCUCUAACAUUUUUUGUUACGCCGGGUGGUGCUCGUUGGAAUUGUUCCCAUGUGCAAGGUCGAACUGAAGUGAUUUUCGAGAUUGUAGGGUACGCUUGUCCAGGAUCCUGUUUGUUGGGGUGACGUCCUGUGAAGGCUAACAUGCAAGGUGGAUGCCAUCGGCGGCAUUGAAGUCUCGUUCCACGUGAUGGUAUACAGUAGUUUGGGUCGUUUGCGCCGUCGGCCUAGAGCAAAGCCGAGGGCUUUGCGUUUUAUUUGCACGACGGUAGUAUUAUUGUUGUCGCCACUGUCCUGUCAAUUUUCUGCGUUGUCAUGUCGACCGUCAAAGACCUUUAGUCGCCGUAACCAACAGCGACCGGAAUCGCGAAAAGCGUCCCCAAGGGCUUGGGUUGGGCGUAAGCUGGGUGUUUUUUGCCUUGUACCUUGGUGUCUUUUUCCAUCUCGUCGUUACGCGUCGUCUCUAAGCUCCAUUCAUGGCGGGGUGGGGGGCUAUAAUCAAUCGCCCCUUGCGUGCUGUAUGCCAUGCGAACCAUAGAUAGUUGUUUCGGUGUUCCUGUUUUGGGCCAUCUAUGGUGUCUUGGUUACCCUAUUCCAAAACAAGUAGCCGUCUAGGUUACCCUAAUCCUUCGGGGACGUGAGACAUGCACAUGCUGAACAGAGAGUGAGUGAGUGUGGAGUGAUUGCUGUGGCAACUUUGGUAAAACAAUA